CUUCAAUUCAUCCUCCCACACAACGCUACUAGAACACACCGACACCACCUCCCCCCUAUCUACACACUACAUCACACCAACCAACGAAUCCCCACAAAGCACCAAGAGAAUAACAAAAAUGGAUUCCCGCCCACAACCACCAACAACCCACCUCAAACCACCACCCCCCUUUCAACCUCAACCACAACCACAACCACAACCACAACCACAACACCAAAACCAACCACAACACCCACACCAACAACAAUCACAACAACACCACCACCACCGCCCCUUAUCCACCACCACCACCACCACAACAUCAUCAACAACCCGCCCCCCACUCGCCAUCCACCCCAGCGCCCAAAUCUCCGACACCACAAUCUUCCAAGGCACGCACCCGAUCUCCAUCGGCGCCCACACCAUCAUCCACCCGCGCGCCCGCCUCUACUCCCACGAGGGCCCUAUCCUCAUCAGCAACAACUGCAUCAUCAGCGAGAAGACCGUCAUCGGCACCCCGGCCCCCUUCCCCGGCAACUCGAGACCCGCCCCUUCCUCCUCCUCCACUGCCACAACCACAGCCGGUGAUGGCACCGCAGCAGCAGCAGCAGCAGCAGCCGCCGCCGCCCUCCCCAUCCGCAUCUCCUCGCGCGUGACCAUCGGCCCGGCAGUGUCUAUCGCCCCAGGCGCGCAUAUCCAUUCCGGGGUGGUGAUCGAUGCGUUGGCCGUGAUUAAUCGGCGGGUGGAUGUCGGGGCGCAUGCGCGGGUGUGUGCGGGCUGUGAGAUUGCGGCGGGGACGGGGGUGGGGGAGUGGGUGGUUGUUUGGGGCAGUGGGGGAGGGGCUGGGCAGCGGCGGCGGCGGAGGGAGACGCGUGGGGUGGUUUGGGGGGUGCAUCCAUGGUCUCAAUCACAGAAUCAAAAUCAGAAUCAGAGUCAGAGGGUUGAUGGGGAGAAGGCUGGGGAGGCGCCGUUGGAGGCGAGGACGUUGGAGGAUGCGCGGUUGAUGGUGCUGGAUCUGGAGAGGGAGGCUGCGGGGAGGUUGUUGGUGGCGCAGAAUCGGAGGAGGGGGUGA